AAAACAUCAUCAUCAUUAUCAUUAUCAUUAUCAUCAUCAUUAUCAUCAUCAUGAUUUCCUUAAUUGAUGUUUAUCAUGUAGUGACAGCCACUGUCCCAUUAUAUGUAACUAUGUUACUAGCUUACAUUUGUGUUAAAUGGUGGAAACUUUUCACACCAGAUCAAUGUGCAGGGAUAAACAAAUUUGUAGCAAAUUUUUCAGUUCCAUUGCUAUCAUUUCAAGUGAUAUCUUCUAACAAUAUUUACAAAAUGAGUCUUAAACUCAUAUAUGCGGAUUUCGUUCAGAAAUUUCUUGCAUUUUUAGUUUUAAUUAUAAUCAUUAAGAUUGGUGAUAUUAGAGGUGGUUUGAAAUGGAUUAUAACUGGUCUUUCGUUAUCAACACUUCCUAAUACUUUGAUCCUUGGAAUUCCACUCAUGAAGGCUAUGUAUAAAGAAGAAUCUGAUUUUCUUUUACCCCAGAUUAUUUUCUUGCAAAGUAUGAUUUGGUAUAAUCUGCUUUUGUUUCUUCAUGAGCUAGAUGCUGCAAUUCCUGUAAGGACUAUAUCUGCUGCACCACCAUCACAAGACACAGGAGAAAGUGAGAGUUCCAUUGAAGUACAACCAAAAGAAGACGAAGUAGAAACUAAACCAGAAAACAAAAUGAGAGUCAUGCUUAUUCUUAUGAAAGUUGGGAAGAAGUUGAUCAUGAAUCCUAAUACCUAUGCAACUUUCAUAGGCCUUAUUUGGGCAAGCAUACACUUCAGGUGGGGAGUAGAUAUGCCAGAUGUUGUGAAUCAAUCAAUAACAAUUUUAUCGAGUGGGGGUCUAGGUAUGGCCACAUUCAGCUUAGGUUUAUUUAUGGCUUCAAAUUCGAGAAUCAUAGCAUGUGGGCCAAGGAUGACAAUGGUGGCAUUGGGACUUAAAUUUCUUGUUGGUCCGGCCCUAAUGGCUGCUGCCUCCAUUGUGAUUGGAUUAAGAGAUACAAUGCUCAAAGUUGCAAUUGUUCAAGCAGCUCUCCCCCAAGGAAUUGUUCCUUUUGUUUUUGCAAGAGAGUAUAAUGUCCAUCCAGCAGUUUUAAGCACAGGGGUCUUACUAGGAAUGCUAAUUGCUUUGCCAGUCGCACUGAUUUACUACCUUCUGUUAUCACUUUGAAAAACUAUGUUGAAUAUAUACAAGGAACAAUUUUGAUUCCUAGUCUGAAAUUUUAUAACAGAACAAAUUUUACAAGUAGAGUAUAUAGAUUUUGUAACUGUUAAUUCAACAGAGAAAUAAAAACAGUUGUGAGUACAUCA